UCUCACUGGGGAGUGUGUCCAUGGAGCUCCUUGUGCUGUCGUGCCAGAAGUGGAAUUCCCUGACCAAUUCUUAACAGUUCUAACCACGGACCAUGAAUUGGUGACAUUCAGGGAUGUGGUCAUCAACUUCUCUCAGGAGGAGUGGGAAUGUCUGGAUGCUGCUCAGAGGGACUUGUACUGGGAUGUGAUGAUGGAGAACUACAGCAACUUGGUCUCACUGGAUUUGGAGGCCAGGUAUGAGACAAUGAGUUUAUCUAUAGGAAAGGACAUUACUGAAAACAAUCGUUCUCAGUGGGAGGUAAUAGAAAGUAGAAAAUUUGUUGGCCUUGAAAACUCCAUUUUCAGAAAUGAUUGGCAAAGCAAAAGCAAUAUUGAAGUACAAGGACCUGAAGUAGGAUAUUUCAGUCAAAUGAAAAUCAUCUCUGAAAAAGUACCCAAUUAUAAAAAUCAUAAAUCUCUUACAUUAUCUCAGAGAAUUCAUGACAGUAAGAAGCCCUAUGCAUAUAAGGAAUACGGGAAGGGCUUCAUCUGUGAGCCAAACUUCGAAGAAUAUCAGAGAACACAUAUUUGUGAGAGAACCUAUGAAUGUAAGGAAUGUUGGAAAACCUUUGGGAUAGAUAACUCACAUACACUACAACUGAAUAUUCAUACUGGUGUGAAGCCUUGUAAAUAUAUGGAAUAUGGGAAUACAUUUAGUUUUUAUGAAGACCUUAGUGUUCCCCAGAAAAUUCAUAAUGAUGAAACAUUCUAUAAAUGUAAGGAAUACAAAAGGACCUAUGGAAGAGCUGGAGAAAUUACUCCACUUCAAAGAAUUCAUGAUGGUGAGAAACCUUAUGAAUGCACAUUUUGUGGGAAAUCCUUUAGAGUGCAUGUGCAACUGACUCGACAUCAGAAAAUCCAUACUGAUGAGAAAUCUUACAAAUGUAUGGAAUGUGGGAAGGACUUUAGAUUUCAUUCACAGCUUACUGAACACCAGAGAAUUCACACUGGUGAAAAACCCUACAAAUGUAUACACUGUGAGAAGGUUUUUAGAAUUAGUUCACAGCUCAUUGAACAUCAGAGAAUUCAUACUGGUGAGAAACCUUAUGCAUGUAAAGAAUGUGGUAAGGCUUUUGGAGUCUGCAGAGAACUUGCUCGACACCAGAGAAUUCAUACUGGUAAGAAACCCUAUGAAUGCAAGGUAUGUGGAAAGGUCUUUAGAAAUAGUUCAUCUCUGACUAGACAUCAGAGAAUUCAUACUGGUGAAAAACCCUACAAAUGUAAGGAAUGUGAGAAAGCUUUUGGAGUAGGUAGUGAACUUACUCGACACCAGAGAAUUCACAGUGGUCAAAAACCUUAUGAAUGCAAGGAGUGUGGUAAGUUCUUUAGACUCACUUCAGCCCUUAUCCAACAUCAAAGAAUUCAUAGUGGUGAAAAACCCUAUGAAUGUAAAGUAUGUGGUAAGGCCUUUAGACACAGUUCAGCCCUUACUGAACAUCAGAGAAUUCAUACUGGAGAGAAACCAUAUGAAUGCAAGGCAUGUGGGAAGGCUUUUAGGCAUAGUUCGUCCUUUACAAAACAUCAGAGAAUUCAUACCGGUGAGAAACCUUAUGAAUGUAAGGAAUGUGGGAAUGCCUUUAGUGUGGUUAGGCAUCUUACUUGACAUCAGAAAAUUUAUACAGGUGAGAAGUCAGUUGAAAGAAAUGAGUGUAAAUGUACUUUUUCUGAUUUUCAUUGUAAAAAGCUAUAGAUUUAGUGAGAAAUAAUCAAAGGAUUUCUACCUCUCUCUCUCUCUCUUUUAAAAUGUUUCCAGACUUUAUGGCCACUCUGUAUUUAGAAGUAGAAUUGCUCAGUUAUAGGUGAUAUAUACUAAUGGCUUUGUUAGAUAUUGCCAAAUAUUUCUCCUUUUUAAAAUCAAUUAACAUUUUUAUUAUACACUGACAUAGGAUAGUCCCUAUCAGUCCAUUUCUCAAAUGUGUUAAAUAUGUGUUUCCCUAAUUUGCAGUGAAUUGAGUUCUUGUCAUAUGAGUUUCUUAUCCAGGCAUUUUUUGUUUACAGUAACUUUUGGUUUUGUGUUUUUGCUCUUGUCUAUAGUUUUCCUUUUUUCUUUUUUUUUAAAUUUGUAAUAUUACUCCAAUACCUUCUUGCAUUCUGAUUCUUUGCUUUUUAUAUAUGCUGUACUUGUCUUUCUCCAGAGAGUUUCAGUGGUAAAUGUGCAGUCUCUAUUUUCACCAAACACCUGACUUAUUUUUACAUUUUCUAUUUUGUUUUAACACAACAGAGUCCCCUAAAUAUAUACCACAAACACUUUAAGGAGCCUUUUCAUUUCCAGGCAGUACCAGCCAGGAUCCAAAUGAAAGGAACACUUUUAAAUAUUUGAUAAAAACUACUAACCUAACCAGUCUAUUACAAUUUAUCAGUCUCUUAAAGUUUUUAGCACCUUUAAAAGGAGAGAAAUCUACAACUAUUGUAGUGAUAAUGUCAGUUUGUGAUCAGAUUAUAAAGAGGAUUUACAAUUAUGUAUUACCAUGACCUCUAUUGGUUUUUGUAUCUACUCUUAUUAUAUAAUUUUUCUUUUUAUUCCCUCUCAGGGUUGCCUUACUGGUUUUGGGCAAUUCAACAAAUAGUAGACUACCUUUGAUUUUAGUAAUCUCACCUGAUACACCUAAGACUAAAUAUUAAAUUUUAACAUUUAGGAAUCUCACCUCCAAAAUCAUCUCUCUUAGUCAGGACAGUUGAGCUAGUUAUGCAAAUCAAUGAGAUCAUGAGCCACUAGUUAUUAUAUUUUUAUAAGAAUUUAACUACUGUGUUUAGGUAAAUUUAUAUCAUCAUCAUCCAUUAGAUUUUCAUUUUUAAAACUGGUGUUUUUCCCAUAAUUUAUUUACACUUUAAAGUUUUGCAUGAUCACCAGUGGUAAGCCAUUUUCUCAUGGGACAUAUUGAGCUGUGUUUUCUGUAAGUAUUCCUUUUUAGUAUUUUACUUAAGUACUUUUUAAAAAUAUGUAAUUGGUUGCUAUUCUGUACCCUACACAGUAAGAGAAUGACUCUCUGUUGUUAAUCUUUUUACUAGGAUGUUUGCUAUUUCAUAUCUGUCAAAUAGAAUAUAACACUCUAUUUACUGAGCUAUUAUGUGCCCAUCACUGCUGAUUUAGUCUUGGAUCCCACUCUUUUUGUUCUUUUACUACCAUCAGUGCUGAUUAAUUUUCCUCUUCUUGUGUGUAGUCUACCUGUCUUACAUUUCCUGUGUUUUUUUAUUCUUUCCAGCUUAAACAAAUUAAAACAAUAAGCUAUCUAAACCUUACAUACAAAAACAAAAUAACCAUGUGUCUUGGCACUUAAUUUUUGAAGUCAUUAAUGAAUAAAUGAUAAAUUAAUGAAUGAAACAUAUCCUUAUUGUGUUUCUCUUAUUUGUAAUUAUAGCUACAUUUCAGUCACAUUAUAUGUUACUUCAAACUUUGUUAUUAUCCCAUGGCAUCUCACCAUGUGUUACUCCAAUAAACUGUAAUAUAAUUGUUA